UAUAUAUUGGAAUUUAUAUAAGUGAUUUGCUAAAUUUUCAAACAAUAUAAAAAUAAUUAAUAAAAUGUUAAAAUUAUCAGAAAAAAUUGAUUUAACUGGUUAUACACUAGUUUUACCAGCGGUUGCAGUUGGUAAUGUUGGACAAUUGGCAAUUGAUAUAUUAAUAUCAAGUACACAAAUGAAAAAAAUUGGUUAUGUAUUGAGUUCUGGUUUUAUUCCGAUAAUUGGUGCUGAUCCUUAUUCAACAGAAUCAAAUGAUGUUUGUACAUCAGGUGAUAUUUAUUAUGAUCCUGAUAGUAAAAUUGUUUCAAUACAAAUCAGAUCACCACCAGUUAAAAGAUUAAAUAAAUUUUUCAAUGAUGUCAAGCAAUUUGUUCAAAUGGAAAAAAUUGAAAAAGUUAUAAUAUUAACAAGUGCAUGGGCACAUACAAGAAAUGAUGCUCAAAUUCAUACGAUGCCAAUGCGUUAUAUUGUAUCUCCAAUUAUUGAAAAAAAUCAUGGUAAAAAAUUCAAAGAACUCAAUUGGCUUCCAUUGGAAACUGAAAAAAAUCCAUUUACAAAUACUGAAGAAUUGUCAAUACCAGGUGGUGGAUUUGCUAAAAAACUUUAUGAUUUUUUUAUCACAAAUGAAAUACCAUCAGCAAUAUUAUUGGUAUUUUGUUCAGAAGGUGAUAAUGUACCAGAUGCUACUGGGUUAAUAAAAUAUUUAUCAGGCUGGAUAAAUAUUGUUGUUAAACAAACUAAAUAUCCAUCAUCAUGGGAAUUUCUCUUUGGCAAUCCAGCACCAUCAGACAUUUAUUAAAUUAAUAAACAACACUAUUGUC